CAGGGAAUAAGGUCUCUCGGCAGCAUCCAAACGCUUGCCAGCGACAGAAGCAGAGCGAGAUACAACUGGAAAUUAAACAAAACGACCAGGGAUAUUUGUGAUAUGCUUUGAAAUCAUUGAUUUUAACUUUUUUAAAAAUGAAUUAAUCGUUCAUUGUUCCGGUUCAACAGUUGGGACAUUGGAGAUUCCGCGCGCUGCAAUGAUUUAAAUGUUGAAUAAGUAAACAUUCCACGUGAGGUUGAACUAACACUUCAACUAAAGUUUGUUUUUAUUCAUCUUAAUGGUAAACCAUCAACGUAUGUUUAAUCGUUUAAAGAGGAGCUGACACUAGUCUGUUUCUGUGCUGUCAUCUUUAGGCAAAAUUUGGGAUGCUAUACAUUCAAUGCCUGCCUUUUUGAUGCCUUUUUGUUUACUUGGAUCAAGGACCACGUAGUGUUCUCUAACUUUUGGCAACAGAUUUUUACCUCUCACAAAGGAUAGCACUGUAGUGACUGGAGUCACAAAAUAUGGUCCACUGUGCUGGAUGCGAGAGGCCUAUUCUGGACAGGUUUCUGCUCAGCGUCUUGGAUAGAGCCUGGCAUGCGAAAUGCGUACAGUGUUGUGACUGUAAAUGCAAUUUAACUGAUAGAUGCUUUUCAAGAGAAGGACGACUCUACUGCAAAAACGACUUUUUCAGGCGUUAUGGCACUAAAUGUGGAGGCUGUGCGCAGGGAAUCUCGCCCAGUGAUCUAGUUCGGAAAGCGCGGAGCAAAGUCUUUCACCUCAACUGUUUCACCUGCAUCAUGUGCAAUAAACAGCUUUCCACUGGCGAAGAACUUUACAUUCUAGAUGAAUAUAAAUUUGUCUGCAAGGAGGAUUACAUGAAUAACAGCAUCGGAAAAGACACAAACCUUCUGUCAGUUACUACAUGCAGUGACCCGAGCUUAUCUCCAGAAUCUCAAGACCCACAGGAUGAUUUUAAAGACUCUGAGACUGGACACUUGUCAGACAAGGAGACCUGCAACAAUGAAAACGACGAGCAGAAUCUGGGUGGCAAACGUCGCGGCCCGCGAACGACUAUCAAAGCCAAGCAGCUGGAGACACUGAAAGCUGCUUUCUCCGCCACCCCCAAACCUACCAGACACAUACGAGAGCAGCUGGCGCAGGAAACAGGCCUCAGUAUGCGAGUGAUUCAGGUGUGGUUUCAGAAUCGGCGCUCUAAAGAGAGGCGCAUGAAGCAGCUGAGCGCGCUGGGCGCCAGAAGACACAUGUUCUUCCGCAGUCCGAGGAGAAUGAGAGCGCUGGGCGAUCGAAUGGAACCAGGAGAGCUCAUGGCCAAUGGACAUUUCUCUUUUUAUGGCGACUAUCAAGGUGAGUACUAUGGCCCGGGGUCAAACUACGACUACUUCCCUCAGGGUCCACCGUCCUCUCAAGCCCAGACUCCAGGUGAUCUAGGAUUCAUGGCCUCCUCCGGCCCAGCUGGAACCCCUCUAGGGAGCAUGGACCACCAUCACGGAGCACACCACCCCUCCAAUGAGACACAAUGCUUCAGUGAGAUGAUAUCGCAUCACCCAGGGGACUCCCCCAGCCCCGAGCCCAGCGCACCCACCUCCAUCCACAGUAUCUCCACUGACAUGUGUGACUCCACUCCACCCUUCACAUCCCUGAACUCUCUCAGUGGCAAUGGAUACAGCAAUCUGUCUUCAGAGAUGAAUGAGGGGACGGUUUGGUAGCAAACAACAGACUCAUUCAGAAAUGUUCUGUUCAUGUGUGUUCAUGAUUUUAUAGCAACAAUAUUUCUAUUUAUUUAAUUUAUUGACAUAGCUGUCUAUUUAUUUGUUCAUUGUUUACUUAUUUAUUUAAUGUAUUUAUUUAUUUAUUUAUUUAUUUAAGCAGCAUUUGUGUAUUUUGAAAGUGGAAUGUCAAAUAUGGGUCUGCAGACCUUAUAGCUGUGCUAUAGACAACGACAGUUUAAGAAAAGCUGAAACAGAAUGUUUAUAUUUACAACACCUGGUGUGUCAUGUGUAUCAUAACCUGACGACUCAGACCUCUUUGCCUUUCAAGGCUUUGCCAUAAUGACACUUGAAAUCAUCUCACACCAAAAUAUUUCUCUGCUCUCCAUGUGGUGGAGUUACGUUUCUAUUAUGAGAUCCACCAAGUCUCAGAGUGUUUGCCUUUAAAAGGGAAACUUAAAAUUGUUGGGACAAGCCCUUUAUUUGAAAUGAAACAUGACUUGAAUUAUAGGACAAAGUCUACCUUCUAAAAAUCAUUUCAUAUGGUCAGUGGACAGAGAGGAGUCAAUUGUUUACGUAUAUUUUCUUCAGGGGUUUAAAUAUCAACGAUGACUUAAAAAAACCCUCUUGAUACUGACAUAAACUUUUCUUCAAGCAAGGAACCAAACUUUUGUAUUAAUUCAAUUUAUAUCUGACUUGUGAUUCACUGUAUUAGUUUGUAUGAUAUUGUGUUUGCACAAAGAAUACACUAAACAAAUCCAUAAAUGUUGACAAAUGAAGCACAAAUACAUACUGUAAAUGGGCCUUUUUUUGAAAACCACUCUAGCACUGAGAA